AUGGUACGCCGUGGACUCCGCGACAGCUCCAUGAGACGGGUACCAGGCCGGUACCAAGAAGACUUUGGGCCGUCGCGUGCCGACCGGCCAUUGUACAUGCACCCGGAUGUGCCGUUCAACCCUGAUCUGGUGCCGCACUGUGCCCACCCGAGCUUGCCGCUCAACCACCCGGAGCUGGGGCCGUCGGAGGCCUAUCGUCUUGCGUUGAGGGCGGCUGCUGCGGCUAGGGGUGGGGCAGGUGAGGGUGGUGCCGGUGAUGGUGAAGAUGGUGAGAGUGAGGAGAGUGAGAGUGGGAGUGAGAGUGGGAGUGAGAGUGGUGAGGAAGAGGAGGGCGAGGAUGAUAGUUCUCGUUCGGACCAGGUUGUUGGCAGCAGCCUGGAAGAGAUGAUUGACGACAUGUCAAUCACGGAGGAGCGGCCAGCUGCUGCUGCUAUGGCAGUGGCUGCUGCCGCACCCCCGGCCAUCACCCCCGACCCUCGGCCGACUAAUGCCUGGCCGAACGACCAAGAUGCCGACCCGGCCCGAGUGGCCAAGACUGCGGUGUUUCCUCCUCGGCAGGAGGACGCCGGCGAGCUGCCGAAUCAUGGCGGCCCGGACGUGGGGCGAAAGGAGAUUCCCCAACAACCCCCCUCCUCCUCCCCCGCGCCGCAAUGGUCCUCCCUCCCCCCGGGCGUCCAAUACGCCAUAAUAGCCGACAUGACACGUUCGGUCCCUCUCUCCGUCGCCGUCGCCGCCCUCCAUCUCUCCCGGGCCGACCUCGCGGCCCUCCUCAACCUCAUCGCUGAGGAGCGGCGUAAGAACCACCAGCACAGCGCUCUGCUGUCUGGAGGUGGUGGUCUCGGUUCUGGUCCUCUGCUGGCGCUGCCAGAGCCGGAGGUGUUGCGUGCCCUGGCGCCGGUGACCGAGGGCCUGGCGGCCAGGGAGGUGCGUCGGGGAAGGGCGUUUUUGGUGUCGGUGGGUUUGGGGGAUGUCGCGGGGGGUUUGGGCUGGUGGGUUGGGGUUGGUGGGACGUAUCGGCCCGUGAGGGUUGAUGCGGCGUGUCGGAGGGAG